AUGGCGCCCAAGACGGACGCAGAUGUCUUGCCCGUCAAAAGCGACAGCGAAGCUCCUGACAUUGACGUCGGUCAAGUGAAGCUGAUGGACGACAGGGAUGUUGAUCCAGCUUUGAAACUCACAGGCGGUGUCGUGAUCGAGUUCACACAGAAGGAAGAACGCCAAAGCCUGCGAAAGAUCGACAUGAACAUGCUGCCACUCAUGUGUUGGGUGUACAUGAUUCAGUUCGCCGACAAGACGACGCUCAAUUAUGCUUCUCUGAUGGGGAUUCGUGGAGACACCAACCUCAAGGGAAACGAAUUCUCCUGGAUCUCGAUCACGCCCGCCUUCGUUUUGAUCACAUCGAUGUGGUACAAGCAGGGCGAACAAGCCCGACGAGUCGGAUACUGGCUGUCAUGCAACGGGUUCUCUCUGAUCAUCAUGGCUCUGAUAGGCUAUGGACUGUCGGCGGUUGAAGAAUCGUCAAUCGCGCCAUGGAAGAUUCUUUUCCUUGUUCUCGGUCUUAUCACAGUUCUAAUUGGAGCCUUCAACCUUUGGUAUUUACCCGAUAAUCAGGCCAACGCCAAGUUCCUAGAUGAUCGACAGCGUCUGAUCGCAAUCGAAAGAAUCCGCGACAACUUCCAAGGCAUUGGUAAUCGAGUAUGGAAGUGGGACCAGUUCCGGGAAGCCUUUCGCGACCCAAGAACCUAUCUUUAUGCCUUGUUUUCAUUCCUGAUGAACAUAACCAAUGGCGGUAUCACAACUUUUGGUUCAAUCAUUGUCAACUCCUUCGGAUUCAACGCCCGACUCUCACUCCUGUUGGGCGCCCCAUCCGGACUCUUCGAUAUUGGCGGAAAACUUUUGUUCACUUGGCUUUCCGACAAGUACAUGGACCGAACCCUAUUUGCAUUCGUCGCAAUUAUGUUUCCUCUAAUCAGAGGCAUCAUGAUGAUCACAAUCCCAUUGUCCUCAAAGGGAGCACUUCUCUUGAGCUAUUGGAUGAUUAGCGUUUCUGGGUCGUCUUGGGGGUUGGUCAUGGUUGCCAUCUCGAACAACACUUUAGGAUACACCAAGAAGGUCACUGUUAACAGUCUGCAAAUUAUUGCAUAUGCAGCUGGCAAUUGGAUUGGUCCACAGACAUUUCGGGCGGACGAACCCCCCCUCUACAAGCGAGGAAAGAUGAUGGUGGCCAUUAUGUAUGGCUGUGCAGCAUUGGUACUGUUGGUUCUCCGUUUCGUGAAUAUUCGGGAGAACAAACGAAGGGAUCGUUUGGCGGCAGUAUCAGGAGUCGAACUGUCUGAGGAGACGGCUGCGCUGGAGCUUGAGCGGUCCAAAUUCAUGGACUUGACAGACUUCAAAUUGGCUCACUUUCGCUACGGUCUUUGA